AUGGAGAUUCCGGAGAGCCAGAACUCGAGGGAUGCCCGCAUCGAGGCCCUCUGGAAAAAGCUAGACCCUCAAAGUAAAGGGAGAUUAGAUGUCAAUGGACUCAGGAAGGGGCUGCAAAAGAUUGACCAUCCUUUAAAAAAUGCCAACGAUAUGCUUCAAGAUGUGAUUAAAGCUAUGGAUAAGAACGGGGAUGAGGUUAUUGAAUACGAUGAAUUCCGCACUUUCGUCGAAGAAACCGAGAAGGAGUUACUGUCACUAUUUCACUCCAUCGAUCGUGACCAUAACGGGAAACUCGACAAGGGCGAGCUAAGAGCUGCAUUCAAAAGAGCUGGAUUGGCGGUGCCAAAUUCGAAGCUAGACCAAUUUUUUGGGGAGGUCGAUGGAAAUCACGAUGGCUUUAUUACCUUCGAAGAAUGGCGCAAUUUUCUAUUGUUCUUGCCCACCCACGCGAAUCCAGGACUAAAAGCUGUUCUUUCAUAUUACUCUUCUACAGUCACACUGAAUGCCGAGGGAGAUACAGCAAUCAGCGAAGAAACUUUAGAGGGACUGGGUAAUUCUUCUUUUCCUGAUCACACGUCAAUUUUCUUUGCGAACUUGUCUACUUUGUUGUUUGGUGCGCUUUUCAAAAUCGCGGAACCUCCUUCCAAAUCCAACCGCACAACCUUCGAUUCAUCACCAGAGCUCCUUCCGCCACACAAUCAACCAACAUUACCAAGUUCAACCGACAACAUGGAACAUGUUCAUGCACAUUUCAUUGAAGGCACGCGUGAUGCCGCCGCCGCCGAUGCCGUCAAAGUUCUUGCGCCAACCACCAAGGAGGCAAUUGAGGAGGGUGUUGAGGCUAUCAAGAAGAAGUCCUUGCUGACAGAGAUUCUCCCCGACCCAGGCUAUUUCGCAGCCGGAGCUGUCGCAGGCAUCGUCUCCCGAACCUCAACUGCGCCAUUGGACCGUCUCAAGGUCUACCUCAUCGCCAGUGUAGGCAACGCGAAGGGCUCAAUUGAUGCCGUCAAGAAGGGCGAUGCCGCAGCAGCAGUACGACACAUCGGCCAACCCCUGAUUGACGCGUGCAAAGACUUGUGGAGAAAUGGCGGCAUCCGUAACUUGUUUGCUGGCAAUGGUCUCAACGUCCUGAAAGUUAUGCCAGAGUCAGCUAUCAAGUUUGGCUCAUAUGAAGCUGCUAAGAGAGGUCUUGCAAAGGUUGAAGGCCAUGAAAACCCUCAGAAUAUCAACCCAUACUCGAAGUUUGUCGCUGGCGGAGUGGGAGGUGUCAUUUCGCAACUCUGUGUCUAUCCUAUGGAUACUCUAAAGUUCCGGAUGCAAUGCGAAAGCGUCGCAGGCGGCCCUACAGGCAAUAAGCUUAUCAUUGCUACGGCCAAGAAGAUGAUCCAAGAAGGCGCCCUUCGUACAUCAUAUCGUGGAUUGACUAUGGGUCUCGUCGGCAUGUUCCCAUACUCCGCCAUUGACCUUGGCACUUUCGAGUUCUUGAAGGCACGUCUUGCACGUUACAACGCCAAAGUUCUAGGAUGUCACGAGGAAGAUGCUAUGCCAGGUUCAUUUGCUACCGGAUGCAUUGGUGCUUUCUCUGGUGCAUUUGGUGCAACUCUCGUCUACCCCAUCAACCUCCUUCGCACUCGUCUCCAGGCGCAGGGAACUAUCCUCCACCCCCCGACAUAUGAUGGGAUCUGGGAUGUUGCGCAAAAGACUGUGAAGAAUGAGGGCUUUCGGGGCUUGUUCAAGGGAAUCACGCCAAACCUCCUCAAGGUCGUCCCUGCGGUCUCCAUUACAUACGUGGUCUACGAAAACUCGAAGAAGAUCAUGCACCUCAAAUAG